AUGCACCACCUGCUGGAGCAGCCCGCGGACAUGGCGACUGCGCUGCUGGCGGGAGAGAAGCUGCGGGAGCUCAUCCUGCCCGGGGCCCAGGACGACAAGGCGGGCGCGCUGGCCGCGCUGCUGCUGCAGCUCAAACUCGAGCUGCCAUUCGACCGCGUGGUCACCAUCGGCACCGUGCUCGUGCCCAUCCUGCUCGUCACGCUCGUCUUCACCAAGAACUUCGCGGAGGAACCCAUCUACUGCUAUACCCCUCACAACUUCACCCGUGACCAGGCCCUCUAUGCACGUGGCUACUGUUGGACAGAGCUUAGGGAUGCCCUGCCCGGGGUGGACUCCAGCCACUGGCCCUCCCUCUUCGAGCACAAGUUCCUGCCCUAUGCCCUGCUGGCGUUUGCCGGCAUCAUGUACGUCCCGGCCCUGGGCUGGGAGUUCCUGGCCUCCACCCGCCUCACCUCCGAGCUCAACUUCCUUCUCCAGGAGAUCGAUAACUGCUACCAUCGGGCGGCGGAGGGCCGGGCCCCCAAGAUUGAGAAGCAGAUCCAGUCCAAGGGCCCCGGCAUCACGGAGCGGGAGAAGCGGGAGAUCAUUGAGAAUGCCGAGAAGGAGAAGAGCCCGGAGCAGAACCUGUUCGAGAAGUACCUGGAGCGCCGGGGCCGCAGCAACUUCUUGGCCAAGCUCUACCUCGCGCGGCACGUGCUCAUCCUGCUCCUGAGCGUGGUCCCCAUCAGCUACCUGUGCACCUACUACGCCACGCAGAAGCAGAACGAGUUCACGUGCGCGCUGGGCGAGCCCCCCGACGGCCCCCGGGGCCCGGUGCGCGUCAGCUGCAAGCUGCCCUCGGUGCAGCUGCAGCGGAUCAUCGCUGGCGUGGACAUCGUCCUGCUCUGCUUUAUGAACCUCAUCAUCCUCGUCAACCUCAUCCACCUCUUCAUCUUCCGCAAGAGCAACUUCAUCUUCGACAAGCUGCACAAGGUGGGCAUCCGCACGCGCCGGCAGUGGCGCCGCUCCCAGUUCUGCGACAUCAACAUCCUGGCCAUGUUCUGCAACGAGAACCGGGACCACAUCAAGUCGCUCAACCGGCUAGACUUUAUCACCAACGAGAGCGACCUCAUGUACGACAACGUGGUGCGGCAGCUGCUGGCCGCCCUGGCUCAGUCCAAUCACGACGCCACCCCCACGGUGCGAGACUCGGGCAUUCAGACGGUGGACCCCAGCGCCAACCCCGCCGAGGGCGAUGCGGGGGAGCCCCCCGUCGUCAAGCGCCCCCGCAAAAAGAUGAAGUGGAUCCCCACCAGCAACCCCCUGCCCCAGCCCUUCAAGGAGCAGCUGGCCAUCAUGAAGGUGGAGAAUCACAAGGCGGACAAGCCCAAGCCCGUGAGGAGGAAGACUGCCACCGACACGCUCAUUGCGCCCCUGCUGGACGCCCGGGCUGCUCACCACAAGGGGGCUGGGCCCGGAGACCCCACGACCUCCGGCCCCCCCUCCGCCCCGCCGUCCGCAAGCAGCGAGAAGAAGCACGCCAGGCAUUUCUCCCUGGACGUCCAUCCCUACAUCCUCAGCAGCAAGAAGCCUAAACCAGAUCUUCCGCGCAUUGCUGCCCUACCCGCCUCCAAGAGCCAAGAGGGUGCCUUCCUCACCCAGGCGGAGGACUGCGGAGGCACCCGCAGCAUGGCGCCUGCCAAAGUGGCCUCAUCCUUCUCGGUGAACCAGUCAAAGAGAGAAUCCAGAAACCCUCAGGGACCCUCCGUCACUAAUUUGGGAGUUCAAAAUUCCUUCAGAGGACACUCGGUGGCAGUGUCUCAGGGGGUGCCAAGGAAGCUGGUUUAACCUGAAGAUAAUGGAAGAAGCAGGAUGUAGGGAGGGAGCAUCUCCAGCGUCUGACCAGAAGGAAGAGGUGCCUAGGUGUCUCACUUCUGUAGAAUCCAAAUCUCAGAGACUUUCCUUUCCUGGGCAGCUGUUCUCGGCAUUAGAGCUCUUGCAGGACUCAGCUCAUAACACAGCAAACAAUCCUGACUCUGCAGCAGGACACAGUAUGGGCCAGCUACAAGGCGGUUCCCUGAAACGGCCUCAUUAGUAAACCAGUCAGUCAACACGCACCUACUACGUGCAAGCCUAUUGGAGAACUGAAACCUUAUCCACCACCAAGCAUGGUUUCGGCUGAGUGGGUGCUUCUGUUAGUGGUGGGUAACAGCUGUGAGUGCACAAGGCACAAGACGUGCCUCCCUCCUAGGGGAAGACAUGGAAGGGCUAGAGGAAGGCACCUUUCCUUAAAGUAAUGGAAGAAAAGUUCCAAAGGAAAAAGAAAAAGAAAGAUAGCCUCCUGGGUCCCUUUGAGCUCUGCUAGGAUCCUUUCAUUCUUGGGGAAUCCUUACCUGUAUCAGGAGGGUAGGGAAGGAAGGGAAGGACCGUGGAAUACGUUUGGAACAAUGUAGUAGAUAUGAGUGUCAUCCCAAAGAGGGUGAACUGUGAUCCCAGAAGAAGAAGCUUCGGUGGCCAAGGAAUCUGAGUCCCUCAGGGCACCAGAAAGAUGUCUAUCACCCAGCACCGGUCAGAGCAAGAGGAGACAAAUGUUGGUGCUUGGUGGUGGUUGCUGAGUCUUUGUUAAUGGAACCGUUAAGAGGCAUUCUCCCUUCCCAGGGCAUGUACCCUGGAUGUGACCCCUUCCUAACCCUUGCCAAGCCGGGGAAACACUGUGCGCUCUUGGUGAUUUGUGUGGGGACAAAUAAUACCCCAGAAUGCACCUGUGAAGCAUAUCUGGGGAAGAUGAAAUCCUGAGUGAGAAACCGAAGACCUUAGGGGACAAGUAAGGUUUUUCUUACUGCUUCUGGUUGAAGGUGGAAGCUUAAUGAGAGAAUGUGAUCCACUGUCAGAGAGCGAGAGUUGGAUUUAUGGAACAUAUUGGACUGAUGGGCUCUUUGCCAGGGGUAAAGUUUAUCUCAUGAGCACCAUUAAAAUCAAUUUCUUUAGAGUUGC